CCUGCAGAGAGAGAAAAAGAAUCAUCACAGUACAGAGUGUACAGAAGUAUCAGCAUAGCGAAGCAUUUGUUGGAAGGGGGGGGGGGGGGGGGGGUCCGAUUCCAGGGUGGAUUGGGUUGAUGGAUAUAUGGCGCGCAUGAAGAAAACCUCAAAUGGGGGGGGGGGGGGGGGUUGUCCCCCCUUUUUGUUUUCUGGUAUUUUGGUUUCGACCUGUAGCUUUAAUCAUCAUAUAUUUACAUGCGAAGAGAUUGAGAAAGCUAGCUUCGCUUAACGGCCGUUGGUUGGGGCAGACGGAUUUGGUUUGGAUUGGAUCGAUGCCUAUGUGCCGAGGAAAGACUGGACGGUACAGGUCAGAGCAGAUGAGACCAAUGAAGAAAGAAGUACGGUUCAUAGUGGUUUGUGACCGAAUUCCUUUUUAUGUUCGUGACUUGAGCAAACGGAAAGGCGUAGGAUGUUAGUGUUCUUCGUAAGUAUGCCGGUAGUGGAAAGCAC